AUGAACGUGAUCUUAGACGAUUAUGAGUUAAUAAAGACGAAAGGCUUGCGACGUCCUGGAGAAGUUAAAUAUGCACUCAUCGAUUUUGGAAACGCUGUGGUAUACCCCGAGGACACUGUAAUCGAAAACGUCGUUGCGACUCGUCCUCUCAACUAUAGGCUGCGGGGCCUCCCAGACAUAAAAGGCCCAUACAAUCCAUUCAAAGCCGACAUCGCCUUCUUAGGGGCGGAGCUAGAAUACAGUGUCAGGCAUAUCGAAAACAUCGUUCCUGAGCUUGGGCUGUUUUUUGAAAACUUAAAACGCAUGAUGGACGAUACACAAUUUACGGCGCCUCAAGCAUUGUGCCAUUUUCUGGAAAUCUACGAAAGUUUAACUCCUGAACAGCUUCAAACGCCCGUGGUAACGGAAGCCUGGAGAAAUGGUGAGCAGUAG